CUUUUGUGCUACCCUUAAAGCUCUCGAUGCUCACAGGAAGGAAACUCAGAGAAAAAUCACAACGAUUUUCACCACUCACAUGACGAUGGCGGCGGCGAUGAUGGGCCCCCCAAAUAUAGCAGCAACAUUAACGCCACUCUGACUGCCACACAUUGAGCACAUCGUUCGUUGGUUGUACUGCUGCUGCUGCUGCUACUACUGCUCGACGUACAUUGGAGGUAUCCAACGAAAAACUUUUCACAACGUUGCGAAUUGUGGAGCCAAACGGACGUUUAGGAGGAUAGCAGACAAAAAAACAACAAAAAUAAAUAAGAAAGAGAGAGAAAAAAACACAAAAAACCCCAUGAGAAUGAAAUAACACAAUGCCAUAAUGGAGAUAUAGACAACAAUUAAAACAAACAAACAAAAAAUAAGUAAAACAACAACAUACACACAAAUAAACAAACAACAACAACAUAUAAAUAGUGCUAAAUUAAACAAAAAAUCCGACAGCAAACACAACAUCACAUACAAGGAAAAAUCCAGCACCGAUCAUUUAGCAACCGUAAAAAACAAAUCAUCAUCAAAAACUUGCAUUUAAGUAAAGUCAACAACAAAAACAACAACUCGAAUCCAAUCACCACUCAAGCGGCAAUGUCCGAACACAACAGCGAAAACAAUGGCGAGCAACAGGCAGCCCAGGGCACGGCCGACGAAGCCGUGGGCGAGAACAAAAUGAAGUCCCGGCUGCGCAAGGGAGCCCUGAAAAAGAAAAACGUUUUCAAUGUCAAGGAUCACUGCUUCAUACCGCGCUUCUUCAAGCAGCCCACCUUCUGUUCACAUUGCAAAGAUUUCAUAUGUGGCUACCAAUAUGGAUACCAGUGGAUGGGUUUUGGCAAGCAGGGUUUUCAAUGCCAAGUUUGUUCGUAUGUCGUUCACAAGCGUUGUCAUGAAUAUGUUACAUUUAUAUGCCCGGGCAAGGAUAAAGGAAUUGAUUCCGCCCAUCAGAUGCCACACAAAUGGGAAAACAUAACGUUCCUGUCGCCGAUGUUUUGUGAUCACUGCGGUUCUUUGUUGCACGGUAUAACCCAUAAGGGUCUCAAAUGUCGAGCAUGUGACAUGAACGUGCAUGCACGUUGCAAGGAGAACGUGCCCAGCUUAUGCGGAUGUGAUCACACUGAGCGACGUGGACGCAUUUUUCUGGAAUUGGGUGUCAAAGACAACACCUUAACCGUGAUGAUUAAAGAAGGUCGAAAUCUCAUUCCCAUGGAUCCAAAUGGUCUAAGUGAUCCUUAUGUUAAGGUCAAACUUAUUCCCGAUGAACAUGAGAAGUGCAAGAAGAAAACGCGUACGAUUAAGGCAUGCCUAAACCCGGUGUGGAAUGAAACCAUUACAUAUGAACUUAAAGCCGAAGACAAAGAUCGACGAGUUCUCAUAGAGGUCUGGGAUUGGGAUCGUACUUCGCGCAAUGAUUUCAUGGGCGCCCUAUCAUUUGGAAUCUCAGAAAUAAUUAAGAAUCCCGCCAAUGGCUGGUUCAAACUGCUUACCCAGGAAGAGGGGGAAUAUUACAAUGUGCCAUGUGCUGAUGCCACACAAGAUUUGCUUAAACUUAAAUCUCAGAUGAGAGUAAGUAACAUUUCCUCUUCGGAUAAGAGAAUAAUUCUCCAAUUAGGUUUCCUUUUUUUUAACUUACAGAAAUCAUCACAGAAGAAACCUUUGGUAAUGCGUUCCGAAACCAAUAGCCAAAGUCAGACCAAAGAUAUGAUAAGAGCCAGUGACUUUAAUUUUAUUAAAGUGCUGGGCAAGGGGUCAUUUGGCAAGGUUCUAUUGGCCGAACGCAAAGGCACCGAAGAGCUGUAUGCCAUUAAAAUACUCAAAAAGGAUGUCAUCAUCCAGGACGAUGAUGUCGAGUGCACCAUGAUUGAGAAACGUGUCCUGGCCCUGCAAGAGAAACCACCAUUUUUGGUACAAUUACAUUCCUGCUUCCAGACAAUGGAUCGCCUGUUUUUUGUCAUGGAGUAUGUCAAUGGCGGUGAUUUAAUGUUUCAAAUACAACAAUUUGGUAAAUUUAAAGAGCCUGUUGCUGUUUUUUAUGCUGCCGAAAUUGCCGCUGGCCUAUUCUUCUUGCAUACCAAAGGCAUUUUGUAUAGAGAUCUUAAGUUGGACAAUGUUUUAUUGGAUUCCGAUGGUCAUGUGAAAAUUGCCGAUUUCGGUAUGUGCAAAGAAAAUAUUAUUGGCGAUAAGACAACAAAAACAUUUUGCGGUACACCGGAUUAUAUUGCGCCUGAGAUCAUACUUUAUCAACCUUAUGGAAAAUCUGUUGACUGGUGGGCCUAUGGUGUCCUUUUGUAUGAAAUGCUAGUAGGCCAACCGCCUUUCGACGGCGAGGAUGAGGAAGAAUUAUUUGCAGCCAUUACAGACCAUAAUGUAUCAUAUCCCAAGAGUUUAAGCAAAGAGGCUAAGGAGGCCUGUAAAGGUUUUCUAACUAAACAACCCAGUAAACGUUUGGGCUGUGGCCCAACAGGCGAAGAGGACGUACGCUUACAUCCCUUCUUCAGGCGCAUUGAUUGGGAAAAGAUUGAGAAUCGUGAAGUGCAGCCACCAUUUAAACCAAAAAUAAAACACCGCAAAGACGUUUCGAAUUUCGACAAGCAAUUCACCUCGGAAAAGACCGAUCUAACGCCCACAGACAAAGUUUUCAUGAUGAACUUGGAUCAAACGGAAUUUGUGGGCUUCUCUUACAUGAAUCCCGAUUACAUUGUGCCCACAUAAAUGGCAGUGACAACAAUGACAUCAUAUAUAAGCGAAUAAGGUGAGCGCAACUUGUUAACAGCAACAAAACCAAGAACAACAACAAUUCUUCUGACUGAAUGGCAUCUAGAAAACGGCUAACUGGGUUCAACAGUCACAUCCGGAACCCCCCUCUCCAAAACGGACUGUUCACGUUUAGGACGACAACGUGAUGAAUGCAAGCAUGUGAAUGAUGAUUACUCCUAAAAUGAUAUUGUUUAUACUUAUUGAAAUAUUUAUAUUUUUAAAUAUUUAGUUUAAAAAAAAGUUCUCCUCCUCCUCCCCCAGCUAUCUCUAUAUUCUUCCUUCCUACAAUGUAGUGUAAAUUUGUGUAAAGUUUUCUUGAAACAAAAAGACAGAGCAAUAAUUAUUGAAUUUAAUUAAGUUAUUGAAUAGAAAUAUUUAAAUAAAUUUUUUUCUGAAAAACAAAUACAAAAAUCCUUA